CAAGGGUCCAGGAUGCUGAACGUCCCUUCCCAGUCUUUCCCGGGCUCCAGCUCGCAGCAGCGCGUCUCCUCCGGGGGGCAUAGCAAGGUCCCUCUGAAACAGGGCAGAAGUCUUAUGGAUUGGAUUCGACUGACCAAAAGUGGAAAGGACCUAACAGGAUUAAAAGGAAGAUUAACUGAAGUAACUGAAGAAGAACUUAAAAACCACAACAAGAAAGGUGAUUGUUGGAUAUGCAUAAGAGGCUUUGUUUAUAAUGCCAGCCCGUGUAUGGAGUGUCCUCCUGGUGGAGAAGAGGAACUUAUGAGAGCAGCAGGAGCGGAUGGCACUGACCCUUUUGACCAGGCCUGCAAGAUGGUUCAUCGUUGGGUCAACUAUGAAUCCAUGCUGAAAGAAUGCCUGGUUGGCAGGAUGGCCGUUAAACCUGCUUUUCCUAAAGACUAUCAUGAGGAAAAGAAACUCUUAAACGGCAUGCUUCCCAAGAGCCAAGUGACAGAUCCACUUGCCAAAGAAGGGCCUAGUUCUCCAAGCUAUGACUGGUUCCAAAGAGACGCUUUAGUCACCAUUGUCAUAUAUACUAAACAGAAGGAUAUCAAUUUAGACUCAGUAAUAGCUGAUCACCGGGAUGAUUCCUUUAGAGCAGAAACAGUUAUCAAGGAUUAUUCAUAUCUUAUACAUAUUGCCCUAAGUCAUGAGAUUCAGGAAGAUUUUUCUGUGCGAGUUGUUGAGAAUGUGGGAAAAAUAGAGAUUGUCCUGAAGAAAAAAGAGAAUACUUCUUGGAAAUGCCUUGGUCAUCCCCUGGAGAAUCAUAAUUCACUUAUUCCAAAGAAGGAUACAGGUAUUGAAAUUGUGAAGCCAUAUACACCUGUAUCUGAUUCCUUAUUCUCAGAGUUCAAGGAACCACUUCUUCCCAACAAUAAAUACAUCUACUUUUUGAUCAAAAUCUACCCUGCUGGACUCUUCACACCAGAGCUUGAUCAUCUUCAGAUUGGAGAUUAUGUUUCUGUAAGCAAUCCCGAGGGCAAUUUUAAAAUAUCCCAGUUCCAAGAAUUGGAAGAUCUCUUUUUAUUGGCAGCAGGAACAAGCUUCACACCAAUGGUUAAAGUACUGAGUUAUGCUUUGACUAAUAUACCCAGUCUCAGGAAAGUGAAGCUGAUGUUCUUCAAUAAAACAGAGGAUCACAUAAUUUGGAGAAGCCAGUUGGAGAAAUUAGCAUUUAAGGAUAAAAGAUUUGACCUUGAAUUUGUUCUCUCAGCACCUACUUCUGAAUGGAAUGGCAAACGGGGAUACAUUUCACCAGCUCUGCUCUCUGAAUUUUUGAAAAGAAGUUUAGACACGUCCAAGGUCCUCAUCUCAUUUGUGGACCAUUGCCAUUUACAGAACAAGGAAUGAAGUUGCUGCAUGAUUUGAACUU